AUGGGUUUAAGUUCAGCAAGACAUACUUUAUUAGUUGCAAUUAUAAAAGAGCAAAAAAGCAAUUUUAUUCCUUAUCAAGUUGUUAAUAAUCUAAAUGACAAUAAACCCAUUGACAAGGUUAUCACUCAAUUUAAAGAUAUUUUAUUUAGUGAAUCUGAUUCUGAAUUUGAAGCUGAAAUUAAAGUCAAGCAAGAUAAAUUAGAUGCAAUUUUAGUUAAUAAAGAAAAGAAAGAUAAAGAAAUUUCUGAAUUUGAAAUUAAAAACAAUAAAAUUCUUAACUCUGAAUUUGAAUUAAAAGCAGAGAAUUAUAAAAAUGAAGUGCAACUUGUAAUUGAUAAACUUAAAAGAGAUCUUAAUUAUGGAAACACAGCUGUAGUAAUGCCAACAGGUCAAAAAAUUUUAGAUGAAAUAAUUGCUUUAACAAAGGUGACUGCUAACACUGUCUUUAGAUCAGAUCGUCCUAAUUGCAUAAUAGAAACUAGUUAUAAUAGUAAUGGUAAACCUUUUACUCAUUCAUUAUAUUUGGGUUGUGACUUACCUCAACAAUUUAUCAAAAUUUUCAAAGAUUUUGAUAAAGAAAAACUUUUUAAGAUUAUUGAAAGAAAUUUUUCUUUUCUUGGUAAAGCAGAAAGGCUUAAAAGAACCUUUGGAAGGAUGUUUAGUUGA